GAAGGACACAUCUGAGUGGUCAGAAUCUGCUAAUGGAUCUUUGCAAAUGGAUGCUCUCUCCUUGGAGUCUGCAAGCAAGGAAGCCUACUUCAGCAGAGUGGAAACAUUCACCCCGCUGAAGUGGGCGGGCAAACCCCAUGAGCUGUCUCCCCUGGUUUGUGCCAAGUACGGCUGGACCAACGUGGAGUGUGACAUGCUCAAGUGCUCCAGCUGCCAGGCCUUCCUCUGCGUGAGCCUGCAGCUCGCCUUUGACUUCAACAAGUAUAAGGAGCGCUGCGGGGAGCUGAAGAAGGCCUUGUGCACCGCUCACGAGAAGUUCUGCUUCUGGCCGGACAGCCCCUGCCCAGAUCGCUUUGCCAUGUUGCUGGUGGAUGAGCCCAGAGCCCUUCUCCAGGACUUCCUGGAGCGCUUUCAGAGCCUGUGUCAGCUGGAGCUGCAGCUGCCCUCCCUCAGACCAGAGGAUAUGAAAAACAUGUCCCUGACAGAGGAGAAGAUCAGCCUGCUCCUCCAGCUCAUCGGGGAGGAGCUAGAGCACAAAACAGAGGGAGAAAAAACACCGGUGAAGUUUGCCACGGAAAUCCUGCAAGUGCACGUUCCUGCCUGCAUCCUGGCUCUGUGUGGCUGGACUUGCAGCUCUGUGCCUGGCUCCGUGCACCUCUCAGUGAUCAGCUGCUCCCGCUGCAUGAGGAAGGUGGGACUGUGGGGCUUUCACCAGCUGGAGUCUGCAGGGCCGGAGCUGGAUUCCUGCAGCCCGAGCAAUGCUCCCCAGACCCCCACCGAGCGCUUCCUGCUCAUGCCCGUGUCUCAGCGCAGGAUGCUCACGCGUAGCCAGGACACGGUCCCUCCAGGCUCCGAGCAGCACGAGAAGAGCCCAUCCCCGGCCGUCCCUCGCCCACGAGGUUGGGAUUCUCCCACCCCCACGGACCGGGCUGAGCUGGAGGUGGCCAGCCCCACUCUGAGGAGCCGCCCCAUCACCCGCAGCAUGGUACAGGGGGACAGCAUGGAGGUGCCAUCCAGUCCUCUCCGCAGAGCCAAGCGGGCACGGCUCUGCUCUUCCAGCAGCUCGGACACCUCUUUGAGGAGCUUCUUUGACCCCAGCUCACAGCAUCGCGAUUGGUGUCCAUGGGUCAACGCAGUGGAGGGAGUGGAAGCCUCAGAGGAUACCGGAACCCAGACAGAAAAGGAGCCUGCGAAGGCAGAGCCGGGCUGGCGAGUAGUACUGAACACGCUCCUCGCCACCAGAAAGUGCGACAGAGUGCCUGAGACGGAGCCCGUGAGUCUCUCAGUGAAGUCCUCCAAGGUGUUCCGCAUUUUCCGGCAGUGGGAGAGCAUGAAUUCCUCCUGA